AUGAAGUUGUUUUCUCUUGCGCUCGCAACAUUGUUCACUCCCAUCUUCGCCGACAAGGUGCCAUGGGAGCGUCUCGAAAUCGACAAAGCUGUUCUCCUCAUCCUCGAUCUUCAAGUUGGCUUGUACGGUCUUGCAAGAGACUUCGAUCCGACUCUUUACCAGCGCAACUUGCUGGCUCACGCUGCAAUCGGACAGAUCUUCGAUAUACCUGUCAUCUUGACCACUUCUGCUCAGAACGGACCUAAUGGACCUUUGCCAAAGGAGAUUCUGGAGAUGUAUCCUGAUGCGCCUUUGAUCCAACGUAAUGGUCAAGUCAGCGCUUGGGACAACGAGCAUUUCAGAGAUGCCGUGCGUGCGACCAACAGAACUCAGAUUAUAGUUGGAGGAAUAGUCACUGACGUUUGCACCACUUUCCUGGCUCUGGCUCUUCGGGAAGAAGGUUAUAGCGUCUGGGCCAAUGUCGAGGCUAGCGGCACAACUACCGAGUUGAUAAGAGAUAUAAGCAACGAUCGGAUGCGUCAAGCCGGCGUCAACAUUGUAUCGCUCUUCUACAUCGUCUGCGACCUCAUGAAGAACUGGACCUUCGAACCUGGCAUCACCACUAUACUGCCUUGGUUGGAUACUUACUAUCCUGCCUACGGCUACAUCGCAAGAAGUCAUGCGGCAGCCAUUCAAAAUGGUUCAAUUGCACCGGGAGAGCUUGAGCUCAUCUCGUCUGCGAACGGAUCUUUGGAGUUGGAUAAGGUAUGA